GCUCUCACACCCCAUCUGAACCACCUGCUCUCUCUCCUCUCUCUCCUCCCUCAAUUGUCAAAGAAGUCCGCAGAUAAUGGACCGAAAGCGGUGAGCAAGCUCGAGAUAUAGAGAGACUUCACCAGCCACCAACCUUCACCUCCUUCAAUCUCAGUUCCUCUCUCUCUCUCUCUCUCUCUCUCUCUCUGACCUCUCUCCGGCAAUAUGAAGGACAAACUCUUUCAACACCAUUAUCUGCAACAACAUCAGCAGCAGCAGCAUCAGAAGAGCUUAUCUGAUGAAGUCGACAGCAGCAAAAGCAGCGGCGAGAACAAGAAGGUAAAAUUCGAUGAGCAGAGGGAGCGAACAGGAGGGGAUGGGUCCACCAUCGAGGUGGUGAAGAGGCCGCGGGGCCGGCCGCCGGGUUCCAAGAACAAGCCGAAGGUGCCGGUGGUGAUCACCAGGGAGGAGGAGCCCUCGGCAGUGAUGCGGCCUCACGUGCUCGAGAUCCCCGCCGGGCACGACGUGGCCGACUCGCUCGCAAGAUUCUCCCAACGCCGGAACCUCGGCAUCUGCGUCCUCUCCGGCAUCGGUGCCGUCGCGAACGUCACACUUCGCCAGCCGCAUCUAGGCCUUGUGCCCCAGCCUGCAGGGGCGCCGGCCACUAUCGUGUUUCGCGGGCGGUUCGAGAUCCUGUCCAUCACAGGCACGUUCCUCACGCCAGCGAUGGCGGAGGUGUCCCCCGCCGCCGCAUCCAGCCUCUCGAUCUCUCUGGCCGGGCCUCAAGCACAGAUCGUGGGGGGCACAGUGGCGGGGCCGCUGGUGGCCGCGGGAACGGUGGUGGUGGUGGCGGCGGCGUUCUCCAACCCCACCUUCCACAGGCUCCCGGCGGAAGACGACGUGUCGGCAUCCGUCUCAAUCACCGGCGGAGGCGGUGGCGGCGGCGACAUGGAGGAUCAGGACCAGCACAUGUACAAUCAACAACAGAAGCAGCAAGCCCAUCGCCAGCGACGCCACCAAGUUCUGGCGACAACAGCCUCUGCUGCAAUGGCCGUGGGGUCGAGCGGGAUGUCCGUUUACAGUGGUGGCCACGUCCCGUCUGAUGUCAUAUGGGCGCCUACGGCCCGCCCGCCACCUCCGCCGCCCUACUGAUGCUUCGCUUCAUGCGAUCCCUCCCAUUUUCUUAAAGACUCCAAGACUUGAAUGUUCUUUGUUUCUGAUCUCAAUAGUCUAAGGCAAAAUUUUCUGCUCUUUUAGCUUGGUUGGUUGUCAUGGUUACAGCACCGUGUCUAAAGGCAAAAGAAAGUGAAACUUAUUUCUCAGUUUCGAUUUAUAUAUUUCAUAUUGUUCUUGUCUCCUGUGUUAAAUUUGUAGAAGCCUUCUAUUCAGCUUGUUUGGAUUGCUA